AUAAGUCAAGGUCAGUGCUGUCACUAGAUUUAUACAUAUUUGGUGCCAAUUUAAAUUCGAAUUUAAAUUUUGAAUGGUUCCUAAUGAGAAAAUCGGAUAGCACAAAAUGUGAAAUAUAAAUUACUAAUUUAAAUUUUCCCUCAAUAUGACUAUGAUUAUGGCUCAAUAUGUGAGAGCUAGCUCAAUCAGACUUUCAAGGUCUUUGUAUGAUAACUUUCACCAAGAAAAAUCGAUAACCUGUGGAAUUCCAAGAACAUUCAGUUAUCAACAAUCGCCGGAGCCACAGAGACCAAAGAAGAAAAUGGCUGAUAAAUUAAUUGAAAGCCAAAGAGAUACCCUUCUCAAGGCUCUUUUGGAUCAAGGAUGGACGAUGGUGAAGGAUAGAGAUGCUAUUUAUAAAGAAUUUCUCUUCAGUAAUUUCAACCAGGCAUUUGGAUUCAUGACUAUGACGGCUAUGAUGUCUGAAAAAAUGAACCAUCAUCCAGAAUGGUUCAAUGUUUAUAAUAAGGUUCAAGUAACUCUUUCCACUCAUGAUGUUAACGGCUUGAGUAUAAGAGAUAUCAAAUUGGCCAAUUUUAUGAAUUCUGCAGAAGCUAAGAUUAGUGACCAAUGAAGACAGACCACUAUGAAUAUAUAUUAUAUACAUGAUAUGUAAUUUUUUGUUGUUAUUUCAUUAUAAAAUACUCAAAUUUCA